AUGGCUUCGAUUUACAGAAAGCAAACCAUCAAGGUCUCAAUAUCCAUAAUCGAUGCAGUGCCGUUGUACUUUGCCAUAUUCAUACUAGGCCUAAUAUUGUUGGCGUCUAUUAGAGAGAGUUCUUCCACGAGUGAGCCUGUUAAAGGGAACCUGCUUCUGGGCCGACCUUGCGAUGAAAUAUACGUCGUUGGAGAAGGGGAGACCCUGCACACCAUCAGCGACAAGUGUGGCGACCCGUUUAUCGUUGAGCAUAACCCGCAUAUACAUGACCCAGAUGAUGUUUUCCCCGGACUUGUGAUCAAGAUCACUCCUUCCAAGCCGAGGAAGUUGUCGAGCAUUAAAGCUUUUGGAAUUAAGUGA